CAGAGGGAGACGCAGCUGACUGUUGUGUCUUCAUCAUCAGGUUCAGUUCUUGUCUCAGACCGUCAGAUGCUUUUUGUUUUAAGGUUGCUUUUCAAGAGUUUUAUCUCAUUAGUUUGCCAUUUAUGCUUGGAUGUUUUAUUCAUCAGGUAUUUAUUUUCAUAUUGUGAUGGAAAAAAUGUUGGUUUUCCCCAGCCUCUCCCCCUAAACCUAACCACCCAAAACACCUUAACCAGGACUCUGAAACCCAGUUACAGUGACCCAGAUAUUUUCAAGUCUUCAUCCUCAAAUUGAAGCUUAAACCAAACAAAUCCCCACAAAGUCAUAUGGUCCUCACAAGGACAGUGUUUUGUCAAGAAUUGGUUCACACACACGAAGGUUCGUCUGUGGACGCUGUAUGUUCCUCAGUGCCGCAUGACAGAAGUGAAGGUUCCCUGGCAACAUCUGCUCAUCUGCUCCUCCUCUGAAUGCCACUAGUGUCUCCUUCAUGAAACUCCCUCCAGUCUUUGUCUUUCCGUCGCUCCUGCUGAGCUCACUGUCGUCAGGGUGAAGUUUGUCGCGCUCAUCCGCCGGCAGUAAAGUCGUUGCCGAACAAAGACAAAGUGUGUCGAGCACAAAGCAUGAUAGGAGUGGGUCCCCCCCUGCAGGGUCACUGUAAACUCUUUGUUGGCCGAGUUCUCCUCCUCAAACACAUCUGUCGCGUCGGAGCGCUCGGACCUUCUCCCAGCUUUUCAUGUCCCUGGAUAAACCACAGCAGCAGGUCUGAAACUCGGGGUCCUGUGUUCCCCGAAAUGAUCCAUCUGUGGAGCUCCAGGAAGACUCACUGAGCCACGCAUCCUCCUGGUGUCAGCGGUAGGAUGAUCUCAGUUGGUGAAGAAGUGACCAUCAUGUCGGCUCCAGAGACAAAAGUCGGGGUCAGCGAAGGUCGAACGAGCACAGACAUCUGCUAAUUGUCCUGAUGGUUCGCCCCCCGUAAAUCCCCCGUCUCUGAGGACCAGCAGGCGACUGAUGCAGCGAGACGACCACAUCUGUCACCCCCCCCAGGAUCACUCAAGUAUGACACGUUCUCCCACACACUUUCUGAUGACUCGGUGUCUCGACUCAGUGAAGGAAUAGAACUGGACUUCAGGAUUCAGUUGGUUCUGGACAGAGCCACAAGAGCAAGACCGGAUUUGAAACUGAAGACUGUGAGUAAACAACACUGCCCCCUCCUCGUCCCCACCCACCCACUCAUAAACGUGUCCCCUCUUGUCUUUCAUGACUCAACAACUUUCUCUUUGACUUCAUCAAUUUGCAUGACAAACUUCCUGACAUGCUCUUUCACAAUAAAAGACAUGUCAACCAGCUGCAGGACAAUCAGUGACAAGCCCACGCGAUUCCCCCCCGCCUUCCACGCCCCCCCUCUCGCCCACCCGCCGUGUCGGAGUGUGUCCGUCACGUCACUGAGGCUCGCGGGUAUAAAGACGCGCUCUCGGUCCCUGGUUCAGUCCGCUCUGGCUCGCUCUUCAAACAUGCUGCCGGACAAGCACUCGUCCAACUUCCGUACUCCCUUCUCUGUGGCGGACAUUCUGGAUCCGCACAAGUUCACCGGUCGACUCGCCUGCGCUCCAGCUGACGUCACACAUCCAGCUCCGACUGACACGCAGGAAGGGACAUCGGAUCGUCUGGUCUCCGGCGAGGAUUCGGACGAGCGCUCGCGGCGUAGGAAGCGGAUCCGCACCGCCUUCACCGCGGAGCAGCUGAGCGUUCUGGAGCGCAGCUUCCGGCGCGCGCACUACCUGUCGGUGCUGGAGCGCCACACGCUGGCCGCGGCGCUGCGGCUCUCCGAGACCCAGGUGAAGAUCUGGUUCCAGAACCGCCGGACCAAGUGGAAGAAGGAGCGGCUGCUGGCGGGGGAGCUCGAAGAGGAGCGCCUGUCCUUCCCCUGCGGGCCGCUGUACUGCCAGCAGGCGGCGCCGCUGCGCCUCGUCGUCCCACCGCUUCCGUUCCAUCACCGCUUUUACCUCUGAACUUUUGAAGCAUGGAGACUUUCUGCAACCUGGUCUUCAGACUUGAACUGUACAAAAGUGUUUAUC